AAAAAGGCGCAAGGUUUGACUGGAAUUAGUCACGCGCACACUGCUAAUCAGCACUCCUAUAUUCAUCUGCCAAAAGUAGUCGUUCAGGCGAAUCGUAGACCUAUACUUCAAACAUGCCGAAACCCCCGUUUAAAGUUGGUAGGUUAUGAGAAGUAUAGCUUGAAUAUAACCCAUUUUCAGCCGACAUCAGUUUAGCAGAUUGGGGUAGAAAGGAAAUCAAGUUAGCAGAGAAUGAAAUGCCAGGGCUUAUUAUGAUGAGGCAAAUGUAUGGCAAAGAAAAGCCACUCACUGGAGCUAGAAUUGCUGGAUGUCUUCAUAUGACUGUUCAGACUGCAGUUUUAAUUGAAACUUUAGUCGAACUGGGAGCAUCGGUUCAAUGGUCAUCCUGCAACAUCUUUAGCACACAAGAUCAUGCUGCUGCAGCCAUUGCAAAGACAGGCGUUCCAGUUUACGCGUGGAAAGGUGAAACUGAGGAGGAGUACACUUGGUGUAUAGAGCAAGUAUAUGACCUAUACCAUAAAUAUAAUAUAAGACUUUAAUAUUUCCCGAUGGUUUACCUUUAAACAUGGUGUUAGACGAUGGAGGUGAUCUCACAGCUCUUGUUCAUGAAAAACAUCCUGAAUAUCUUAAAGGCAUAAAAGGCAUUACAGAAGAAACCACAACUGGUGUUCGGAAUCUUUAUAAGAUGCUUUCCAAUGGUCGACUGAAAUGUCCUGCCAUCAACGUUAAUGACUCUGUUACUAAGAGUAAAUUCGACAAUCUCUAUGGUUGCCGUGAAUCGUUGGUGGAUGGAUUAAAAAGAGCCACUGACAUCAUGCUUGCAGGAAAAGUAGCAUUAGUUGCAGGUUAUGGAGAUGUUGGUAAAGGAUGUUCUCAAGCUCUUCGUUCUUAUGGUGCGCGUGUACUUAUUACGGAAGCCGAUCCAAUCAAUGCUUUACAGGCUGUUAUGGAAGGUUACGAAGUAACCACGAUGGAAGAUGGUGCGAAAAGAGCGAAAAUAUUUGUUACUGCCACUGGUUGUGUGGAUAUCAUUACUGGUGAGCAUUUCUCAGAAAUGAUGGACGAUGCGAUUGUCUGUAAUAUUGGCCACUUUGAUACUGAAGUCGAUGUUAAGUGGCUCAAUGAGAAUUGUGUCAGUAUAGAAUCAAUCAAACCUCAAGUUGAUCGUUACACAUUAAAAAAUGGAAGACAUAUUAUUCUACUUGCAGAAGGUCGCCUAGUAAAUCUAGGCUGUGCUCAUGGCCAUCCUAGUUUCGUAAUGUCAAACUCUUUCACAAAUCAGGUACUAGCACAAAUUGAGCUAUGGACAAAACCCGAUCAGUAUCCAGUUGGCGUCCAUUUUCUCCCUAAAAAGCUGGAUGAGGCUGUUGCUGCCGCUCACUUGGAACAGUUAGGUGUCAAACUAACGAAAUUAACCAAAAAACAAGCUGAUUAUUUGGGUGUACCAGUUGAAGGACCAUUCAAGGCGGAACAUUAUAGAUAUUAAAUUUAAGCUACUUAAUUUGUAAAAUAUUAUACCAAUCUAUAUGAAUCAUAAUCUAAUGAAUUGUUAUUACUCAGAAAUAUAGAUGCUUUGAG